AUGCAACAGACGUCGCAAGAUUUGGAAUGGUCCAUUGAUAGUAUCAUCCAUAACAUCACCAAUUUCCAUGAGCAGUGCCAGAAUUUGCGGAGUAUAUAUGAGGCUGGCGAGGUCAAAAACCUACUUUGUGAUGGCUCUGUGAGUUACCCUCAGCCAAACGAAGAAAAGGCUAAAGGCAUGUCCUUCGAAAUCAGAAACUUGUCCUUUUCAUACCCAGGCAGCCAAAGUAUCAAACCAGCAAUCUCGAACCUCUCUCUAUCCAUCAAACCAGGCCAGUUCGUCGUCAUCGUCGGGGGCAAUGGCAGCGGAAAGUCUACCAUUCUUAAACUCCUCACACGCUUGUACGACCCCACAUCUCCUCCAGAAUCCAUUAUUGUCGAUGGAUUGCCUUUGUCGCAUUACCGCAUGUCCGACCUUCGCCAGGCCAUGGCGACGCUGACACAGGACCACACCAUCUUCCCACUGUCCCUCGGAGAAAAUAUUGGGCUGGGAUGUGUCCAGCAUGUAUCAAAUGGCUCAAUGAUUGACUGUGCGGCGGAAUUGGGUGGCGCGAAGGAUCUUCUCGAGAAACUGGAAAAGGGAAAAGACACGGUGUUAGCCUCUAGACACGAGGCGUAUGGCCGUCAUCUUCCUGACGAGGAGGAUCAUCCUUUACACAUUCUUCUGAAACAGCUGCAGAAACCCAUCGAAAUUUCUGGAGGUGAAAAACAACGAAUUGUUGCAUCUCGGACUUUCAUGCGAUUCGAGUCAGAAACUUUGAAAUUUGUCGCGGUCGACGAACCUAGCUCUGCAUUGGAUCCUGAGGGUGAAGCACUGCUUUUCAGGAAUCUUUUACAAGCUCGAGAGGGAAAGACGAUGAUCUUUGUUACACACCGGUUCGGGCAUUUAACUAAGCACGCGGAUCUCAUUGUAUGUAUGAAAGACGGAACCAUCGCUGAGGCUGGCACUCACACAAACCUGAUGGAAUUAGAUGGAGAAUACGCAAAGUUGUACAAUAUCCAGGCGUGCGCUUUUGUGGAUACCCGAACCGAAUAA